CUUCUCCCAUGCUCUUCUCUCCUCUCACAGCAGAGCGCGCGUGUGAUUUGACAGUCGCAUCUCUCCGUGUGUCCGCGAGCGCGCGCGCGUGUGUAUGUUUACGAUCGUCGUGCUCCACGUGCGGCGUGUGGAUGCGCUCCUCGCGCGCUGUCGGUAACAGAAACCAUGACCGGCGCGCCGCGCGACCCCUUCUACUCCUCUCCGUUCGGUCCGUUUUACCGGAGACACGCGCCCUACCCGGUGCAGCCAGAGUACCGGAUGCACGAGCUCAACAAACGGCUCCAGUCCCGGCCUGAGGACUGUGAUAUUCUGUGGUGGGAUGCUUUCUGCACCGAGUUCUUUGAGGAAGAUGCCACGCUCACACUCUCGUUCUGCCUCGAGGAGGGACCCAAGACGUACACCAUCGGGCGCACCCUGAUCCCUCGUUACUUCAGUUCGCUCUUCGAAGGAGGAGUCUAUGAGUUGUUUUUUGAGCUGAAACAAACAAAGGAGUCGUUCAACAACUCAACUAUUACCGUCGACUCUCAUCACUGUACUAUGACAACACAACAUGGCAAACCUACAUUCACUAAGGUGUGUACAGAAGGUCGACUGAUUCUUGUGUUCACCUUUGAUGACCUCAUGAGAAUCAAAACAUGGCACUUCACCAUUACGCAUUACAGUGAACUCAUUCCUCGCAGUGUCUUGGCUGUUAAUGCACAAGACCCUGGAGCUGUGGAACAACUGUCCAAAAACAUCAGUCGAGUGGGACUCACCAACCUCACGCUCAACUACCUCAGAUUGUGUGUGAUUCUAGAGCCCAUGCAGGAGCUCAUGUCAAGGCAUAAGACAUAUGGACUGAGUCCCCGAGACUGCCUGAAGACCUGCCUGUUUCACCAGUGGCAGAGGAUGACCACACCACCAGUUGGACCCUCACCCAACUUCAAGACAGAAAUAUUUCCUUCUAAUCCCAAAAAAUCAGAGCAAGCCAAACCACCAGCAAAGAGACGGAGGAGGAGGAACUCGGCCGGCAGUGCAUCCAAUAGCAGCACAGGAAACAGCAAGAAGCGGAGCCCAGCCAAUAACUUCAGCUUGCCCUCACAGGAUGUGAUGGUGGUAGGGGAGCCCUCUCUAAUGGGAGGGGAGUUGGGUGACGUGGACGAGCGUUUGAUCACACGCCUAGAGAACGAACAAUAUGACCCCGUCAACGGUCUCCAUGACGACGGUCUCCAUGACUACACCAACUCACCCACACUUGGAAACGGCGGCUCCUGGAACGGUCAGCACCCUAGCAACCAGGACAGUAAGCCUGAUACCAUGGCAACGCAGCAGCUGGAGUAAUGCGAUCUGACAGUGGGUUGCUAUGGCAACGGUUCUGCCAAGGGAUGGGGGUAUGUUCAACUGUAAAGGAGAAGCUGCAGGAGAGAAGGUGUGUGCGUGUGUGAGUGUGUGUGUGCGUGUGCAUGCUUGCGUUUAUGUUGAUGUGACAUGUUUUUCCAUACUUGAGACAUACAGCUUCAACCAUUUACAACCCAAAUUCUGAAAAGCUGAUAGAUUUUGUCAAAUGCAGUGAAAUGGAGAAACCGAUUUGUUCAUUCUUUUUAACCAGAAAAGAUUUUCUCAGACAAAUGUAAAUGUAUUUUGCUGAUUUAUCCUCCUGAGACCCAAAGAAAAUCUUUUUCUUUUUUUUCUGUGAUUUGCUACAUCCUUUGGGUUAAAAAAAAUCCAAACUUUAGAGUUUUUACAUUUUGUUUUUAUUUUUAAUUUUACAGCAUGUAAAAUUACGGGACCAUUUUAGUUCGAAACGACCGCCAAACUUAUAUAUGGCUGUAAUUGGAUGUUGAUGCAAUAUUAAUGUAACAAAAACUAAACAAAAGCCAUUUUUUCUUUCGUAUUGAAAUUCCUGGAAUAGUUUAGUCUGAAAGAAAGCCGAACCCAAAAAAAAAAAAAAAAAAGAAGUGAUGUUAAUCAGCGCCUAGAGUGCCUAGACUGCAGCUCUGCACAAGACGUUUGACCAGAGGAGAAAUGGUUCCCAACUAUGGUUCCUCACCACUUACGCCACUGGCUUGCAUGUUUUGGGAUCUGUAGAGCUGCGCAUCAAUAAAUUUGCUCUUCAGUGUGUGGACUCUCAGAAGUGAUUAUUAAACCACACUCAACUGAGCUAAACUGAACUAAACUUAAACACUGAAAACUAAACUACACUGUUCCAAUUUACUAUGAUCUUUUAUGUGAAGCUGCUUUGACACAAUCUACAUUGUAAAAGCGCUAAAGAAAUAAAGGUGAAUUGAAUUGAAUGUUAAUCCAAAACAAAUUUAACAUAAAAGCGAUUUAAUAUUGAUUGUCAUUCUCUAAUUGUCUCUAAUUCUCUAAUUGUCUGAUUAUCAGACUCUACUGUAAGUCAGAGUCUUCCUCAACUAUCUUAUAAAGAAUCCUCUCUGGUUCAGUUCCGCCCCCUACAACAUGCAGUCUUUAAUUACGUUAAGAUGGUCCUGGUGUCUACUAUAGUGGACAUUUAAAAAAUGAUGGUAUUUUGAAACACAAACAAGUUAACAGGUUUGAAAGCUAAAUGUAUUGUUCCUGACACUUCAAUUAACAAAUAUAUAUGUAAUAAUAAUAAUAGUAUAAAAACAUUUAAAAUGCUAAAUUUUACAUACCUCUCUCCUUCCCAUAAAAUGUGCUUGUUUGUACGCCGGCCAUAUUGGAUGCAGCGUAAGAAGUGGUUCCUGGCAUGCCAGUCAAUCAAAUGACAUAUCACUAGAAAGCCCAGGAUGUCCUCUGAACAGUACAACAGGACUUGACAAGAGUAGCUCAAAGAAAAUUUAUGAAAACACAAUGUCCACUACAGAGGACACAAGUGAAUGGGCGAGGUCUCAGGAGGAUAUAGCAAAAAUUUGAUUUUAAUGGCUGCAAAAAUUUUGUGAAAUAGGCAAAAGGUUAUAGAAUAUCCAAAUGAUACAGUCAAUGACAAACUGGAGACCUGUUAAUUCAUGAUAGUUUAUGUUUGAGUAUAGACCGUUUUGAGGGAUGUAAACAAAAACAAUGGUCCCAACAUAUUUCCUGUUUUACAGUUUUAAUUUCUAAAACCUCAGAGAAUUCAAAAAGAGCCACAUAUUGAUAAAUAACGUUAUGAUAGCUGUUUUAAUAUUAAGUUAUGAUUAAAUUGCUUCUUGUUACAGUUAUGAAAUAGUUUGAUGACAAGCAGGAUAUGUUCAUUGGUCAAUGACAUCACCAAAAAUCACAUGUAGUUACAUUCACUUAGUAAAAGCACCAUCACUUAACUCGGUCUGCCACUGCAUCAAGAAAUCCUUAAAGUAACGUAAAUCUUUGUUAUUCAAAGUGAAAGCUAUUGGUCAGUUCUGUGCAGUGUUCUGCAGGCCAGAACUCAUAGGCAUGGGCCGGUAUAAGAUUCUGACGGUAUGAAAACCUUCGAUAAAAAUAUCAUGGUUUGACGGUAUAGUGAUUACUGCUCUGAAAUAUAUUCUUUUUAAAUGUCUGGGUAAAAAACAACAACUUUUUCCCCCAUUGAACACAGUAUAUUUUAUUUUGAGAAACAUUUAUAAUAUUUUGGAGUAGUAAACAUGUCAGACUAAAUUAUUCAAAUAAACAUUCUUCUGCUGUCUUCAUUACUUUCAUUACUUCAUUACUUUGCUAUUUAAAACGGCAUCUUUUGAUCUCUUUUCUGCUGGAGAUACUGUUGUCCUAAAAACAACAAACAAACCAAAAAAAAAAUUUACAUUUUUUUUUACAUAUACCUUAGGAGCGGUAUAGCAGAAAAUGUUGACGGUUUUAGAACCUUGACUUUUCCAAACCACAGUAUACCUUGAAAAUUGUUAUCAUCCCAUGCCUACUUGUAUCAGAGUCAAAACACAGUGGACAUGUGUGCUGGGGUCAGAUAAGUCCUUAUUUCAACUUGUUUCUGGGGAAAAAACUGACGAUGAGUUCUCAAACACUAAAUGGAGCAUCCAGACUUUAAUGAGUGACAGAUGAAAAAGCAAAUGUCUGUCAUGGUAUGAAGAGCAGCAGAGCAUUGGCACGGGUGACUGUGCCACAGUAAUAUUGAAAUGGAGGCAUAUGUUGGAAUAGCACAGAGAGCCAUAAAAGGGAUAGUUCACCCAAAAAUGAAUUUACUCACCAAACAUAUUUUCCUUCAGUACACUCUCAGAAAUAAUGGUACAAAAUCUGUCACUGGGGCGGUACCUUUUUAAAAGGUAGAUUUUUGUUCCUAAACGCUCCUUAAAAAGUACAUAUUAAUACCUACAACGUACAAAUGUGUACCUCACAGUAACAACCUUAAAAGUACAAAAGUGUACCAUAAAGGUACCAAUGUCCACCAGUAUGGUACAGAAAAAUAAAGGUACAAAUUGCCUUCGCAGUAGCUGGUCCUAGGUUGUGGAAUGCUCUGCCCCUCUGUAUUAGAUCUGUUUCAUCUCUGUCUGUUUUUAAAUCUAGGUUGAAAACUUACCUCCUUGAUUUGGCAUUUUAUCAAUGAAAAAUGUCAAUUUUAACUACAAUUAUAUAUUUUUCUUUGUUGUGAUUUAUAUUGUGCAGCACAUUGGUCAACCUCUGGUUGUGUUUAAUAGUGCUAUGUAAAUAAAAUUGGCAUUGACAAAAUCUGUCAGAUUUUGUACCUUUAUUUUUGAGAGUGUACAGAGGAUAUUUAGCCAAAUGUAUGGUCCAAAGUGAUUCAUAUAAUGGCAGUCAAUGGUUACCAGUUUUUUAGAUUAAAAAUAAACACAAACAAGUCCAAAUCAGUAAGCAUGGCUCCUGAUGGUAAACUGAGGUCAUAUGAAGUGAAACAAUCAAUUAUGUACAGUAUUAUUAGCUUUAAUUCUUUAAUUUAAUUCUCGGCGCAUUGGUUUGGACUUGUUUGUAUGAGUUUAUUUUUAAUCUAAAAAUUGGGUGACCAUUGACUUGCAUUAUACAAAGCACUGAGGACCACAGAUUCAGCUAAAAAUCUUCUUUAAUGUUUUACUGAAGGAAAAAGUCACCAACGUCUUGGAUGAGUUGAUGUAAAUGUAUGUAAAUCAACUGUAAACUUUCAUUUUUGCGGAAACCAUGCCUUUUAAGACGACAUUUUUAAUCAAUUUGUUGGAACAUGAAGGAAUUUAGUUAACUUAUUAGUUUCUACAAAUUUAGAUGAACUGAACUUAAAACAUUUGACUUGUUCCAAAAACUCAAGAAUUGUGUUGUUUCAGCUCAUUUUUAAAUCAGUAGUUUGAACAAUCAGCAAAUGUCAUUUUUUGAGAGUUCAAUUUUCAAUUUUCUGCAUGUGAUUGACACCAUGUUGCACCAUGUUAAACUUGUCCCCUCUGUCCCAAAUUAUUUGGAGUGUGGUGCAGCCAUCUUUAAACAAAGUAAAACAGGUUAAAGAGAAUUAAAAGGUCAAAUUUGUUAUUGUUUUAUUGCAUUUUACAAACUAUUUCAGAGUUGAUGUUGUAGUUUAAGUAUUCAGUAAGAAAGAAAAAAAGCCUAAAAACAAAUACUGCAAGCCUUGUAAAUACACAGAUCUAUCAGUUCAUUUCAUAUCUGAAUUUUUCAGCCCUUUUUUAAAGCUUGGUGGAUGUCUCGGCUUCAUUCUGUACCGUACUGUUUGGUUUCCUUACAACUUAAUGAAAAAAGGUCCCAUUGUGAACGCUAUUCCGUAAACGCAGAUAUCUUUAUUGCUAUAAAGUUUAAUGCAUAAUGUAAAACACAUGCAGGUUUGUGCUGUUAGUUGUGUAUUUUAUGUAUUGUUUUCAAUAAUUUGCAUUAAUAAAAUGUGUUUGGUUAUGA